AUGCCUUCAACCGCUCGUCGAUUUGUCUACGAGCAUGCCUUUCUACCUCCAAAACUUCCGCAAUCUGAUCACCGUGAAGAGGGUGCCGAUUUCUUGCUCAAAGAACUCUACGAAGCAACUCGAGAGUUUUGGCGGUCAAUGCCUGUCGGCACAAGCGAUGCCCGCGUUCUGGAGCAGUUGCUGCCGUCGCUUCCCAAAUGGAUUGACGUCUACGCAGCCGGGACGCCUUGUUGCGAAGUCAUCGUUGACAAGCUACAAAACAUGCGGAAUGAAGAUGUCCUCUUCUUCUACAUGAAACCGCAGAAUGCUACCCUCCUCGUUCGAAACCGGUCCACUGGCGCUGUUUUCGAGUGCUUCGAGGUUCUGCCUACCACCGACGCAGUGAUGGCCACUAAAGAUGCUCUUCUCCGAACCUUCCCAGCCCGCGCAGUAUUCCUACCGAAAGAAGCCCUUCAAGACACAAAGUUCAUACAUGAAUUGGGAACCGCGAUUUUCAACCUCUCUGUGGAGCAACUGCGCAUUGCAUUGGAAACAACGACUAAGGGCAAGAACGUCGUCUCCGAGGACCGACAAUCAGCUCAUCCAAUGAUGGUCACUGAAUGGCUUUUCGGAAUCCUCGGCACUCGAGGCAAGGCAACGGCCAGCCCCACGAUCCGCAAACGUACUCAUGAUGAUAUCUGCUGGAAGGACGCAGAUAGGCCCUGGCGGCGCUCUGGGGUUUACUUGUCUGUCCGGGUAGCCCUUCAGAUUGCUUUUCAGAACGCAGGGCUGGCCGACGACGGAUAUUCUCUGUACAAGAAUCUCAUGCUAUAUCUCCUUUCGAGCUUUGCGACAGAGGUGCUGGACGACGACCCAGGCCCUGACGAGCUCCAUGUCCUGCGUAUUAAGCUUGCACGACGAAAUGCCAAACUGGGUACUGAUACUCUGCCCUCCGUGCAAGGUAUUGUCCGGCAGACACAGCAGCGCAUCGACGCGGACAUGCAGUCACAAUGGCGCAAAGUAACUGUACGAGAACAAUUCUGUGUCCCGAGCGUUCCAACAUUGACUGUCACCGAUCAACUCACCCUCAAGCAGAGUACCUCCUACGUCAACGCAGUAUUGGGGCGUUCCAAGACAGGCUACUCCUAUCGCUCUACCCCUUAUGAGCCACCCGCUCAAAACCGUGUACAGUUGCAGAGCGGGAUCUUGCCGAAGGCAGACAUGUUCUACAACUCCGGCGACCCUCUAUGCGGACUUGCAGAUUUCGAGCAAUGGGUAGCAGAUCACUUGGAUGACUGGCUAGAUGCCAAUCGGACUCGUAGAGAAUGCUGCAGCGGACUUUCUAAUCUCAUUCCCGUCUAUCAUGACUUCGCCAGGAAGCAAUACAACGGCAACCCAAUUCGCAUGUCAAUGAUGCUGCUCACCAUGUUUGAUAUAUGGGUGACGCUGGACACAAUUGUCACCAAACUGCAGCCAUUGCUGCUGGAUUAUCCCCCUGAUAUCGACCCCGGGAUCUUUGAGCCAAUCCUGCUCAAUAAGAAGUGCGAAUUGGAAAGACUGGCACGUCUAGAGGAGUACAUCUCGGAUCGUUGGAAGGGAUGCAACAACAGAUAUCCUUCACUCUUCAACGACCCGACCUCGGACUGUUUUGCGGUCAAAUAUUACAGAAAAUCGCGGGAGCUGCUUCGUUUGCGCUCCGAGAUCGAGCGAGAAGCCCAUUCUGCCAGAGAGUUUAAGUCUCGUGAGUGGGACGAGAAGAAGAAAGAAUACCAGCGCCUCAAGGAAGAAGCGGCAAACGCACAGCAUGACAAGUUUACCUUCCUCUACGGACCAAGAGCGGGCAAGAGAAAGCAUGAUCGUUACUGUCGAAAAUGUGCUAAUGCACGAGAAGCCGCAAACAUCAAGAUUGACAAGCACGAGUGGCCGUUGCCCGAUAUCGAGGUGCACUUGAUGGCUGUUCUAUUCGAAUUGGGUGCGCCUGAGGAGAUAGUAUUGUGGCGCGACACCACUUGGUAUCUAGUGCAAGAAGUGGGCAGGACCACUACUGUUCAAGGAGAUAUGCCGAAGCAACAGCUACUUUCCUACCCGGACCUCCGAAAGCAUGCUCAACAUACAACCCGGCGCAUUACUAUCGCGUCAUCUGUCAAGCCUAUGAACAAAGCGCAUUACUUCAAAGCUGGGCUCGUGAUUGAUGAGAUAUUUGUCAAGAACGCAAUGAACUUCAGAAUGAACGAUUCCGCGAAGGCCGCAGUGUGGACAUCCGAGCAGACGGCAACACCUUCGUUAAAACAAUAUUGCAAAUCGAAGCUUCUUGCUGGGGGUGGAGGUCAUGUCCAUCAACAGGUGAACGGCACCACCCAUACGCAGAAUUCAGUCAUUGCUAGUCAUUCAGCCUGUCCAAUCGACAUGGGCGCGCAUGAAUACAUUUUAUUCGGGACACUGCGCUCUGGCGAGAGGCUGCAAUACAUCAAUGUCUUAGCGGCCCUCAUGUCUUCGGAAAUAGACCUGAAUUCGCCGCUCACUGCGUUGCUCUUCCUUCACGCUACCUCUCAAGUUGGAAUGCUUGCUCGGAUGAAAACCGACUAUCUUCGGGAGAGCCAGGUUGAACUCACUAAGCUGUCUUUCUGCCGCGCGCUUGUUAAAGCGCUCGCGACUCGGUUCGCGGCCAUCGAGACAAACUGGAAAGAGGCCACAGCCGCAGGCGUCCUCCUCGAAUUGGCCCUCAAGAUAUGCUCUCUGGUGUCUGCUUGUUCAGACGAGUGUACGGCCUUGCUCCAACGAAUACGCCGUGCCAGCAUCCAAUGGAUUCGCCAACUUGCUGAUCUUCAUGCGAAGAAAAGAGGCGCGUCUGAUGUCCAGGUGUCUCUUGGUGACAUUUCACGCCAAAUGGUCAAGUGCUGUAUCUUGACCCGUCGCACUUAUGACCUCGACCAUUGUCUUCAGUCAACUUUGUGCUUCACUUCUGUUGCAGCUGAGGACUAUAUUGAGGCGUCCAUCUAUUUGCAUGAUCAUCUCAAUCAGCAAUCCAAAGCUGACCACGACGUGAAGUUGCACUCUGACAUUCUGGACGACUCAUACAAGGCUCGACUAUUCCAAAGACCGCUUCUUUCAUGGCUAGCCGCAAAUUCAUCAGCAAUCUCGCGAGGUAUUCAACGAUUCUGGCAGUCCGCCUCCUUUGACCUCAGAUGGAAAACAACACACCAGAGUGACACUUCGUGGCUUGAAAAUAAAUGUCUCUCGAAGAGCGUACAUUUCAAUCUCGCCACUGGCAACCUCCUUGUGUGUGGUCGUCCGUUGUCACGGCUUCCUAAUGAGUAUAGAGUCAAUGUGCUUUAUCGCUCAAUUUUCGGCGAUUUGGAUCUCGAUGUCUUUACUGCAGACGUUGAAGAUAUGGAGUACAUGUCCAGAACCCUGUUCGAAGGCCACCAAGUCUAUCUGGGCAUGCGAGAUGGAGUGCUGCUCAUUCGCUCCCAACUCGAGAGCAAGAAAUUUGAAGCCCUACUAGGAGAUAAGUUUCUUGAAGACCUGCCUACUCUGCUUGUCAAGGACAGCAUACCCUGGAUGGAUCUAGAUGAUGGCACGGUGGCCUUUCGGAGCAGUCAGAACCCGUGGAAGACGUGCAACUCAGACUGGGUUCUUCGUCGUGCUGUCAACUCAGAAACAACGACGACAAUGCGCACUGAUCAAUCCUUCCUGAUAGAUUAUGGCAGCCCUGUUGGGCGCGCCAUUUGCCAGACCUUUGAGCGUUUCGAGAAGAGACAUCAUAUCGUCAUGUCAAAGAAUCAUGAGACUGGCAUCGAAAUUUGGUUGCCACGCUUCCGCUUACACUUCUGUGUGACCCGAGCAGGUGACAUCAAGUGCAAAGAGUUCUCUGCCGUCGUCGAUAGCUUUCAGGCUAUUGGUACAUUGCAUGGCCUACAAUCUCGAUUGGUUUUGCGUGCUGUUGGGAAGGCACCCGGGUCAAUCGUUCGAACUGUACUGAUUCCAAAUGGAGAUCUGGCCCUCACUGCGGCUGCUCCUCAUCUCAAAGUCGACGUCCGCCUUGGCAGUGCCGAUUACUUGUCCUUCUCGCAGUAUCGCAUUGACAAUAGGCUUGGACAAUUGAUCAGCUCAGAUCUAGAGUCGCAUAUCUACAAAGCACUUCUUCACGCUGUUACGAGCUUUCCCGAACCAGAUGCUCUCACUGGUCGCACAGGCACUGAAGAGAGCCUGUUGAACUUGUCAGAUUCGAUCACUAAGACUUCGAUCCCCCUUUCACGGCGUGCUCAGAAGCUGUUGCAAUCGGCAGCUGAACUAUCACCAAGACGAACCUGGUAUCCACAGCAUCUGCAAGUGAUGCACAGUGAUAAGUUCCACAAUGUGCUUUCCAGCUAUGCUCAGCGUGACAUCUUUUUUGGCAGUGUUGGGGCCAUCAUUUCACACAAUCAGAAGGCCAAUUUUCUCUUCGACACUCAAGUCAAGUCUCUCGUCUAUUCCAAUGAUGCUAAAGAUCAACUUCUCUUGGAUAGAUCCCACCGGCAUACUUGCAAGCUAUACCCAACGGAUUCGGUCUCCUGGAGCGGCGACGCCGUACAGGACAAUCAGUACAAGUCGCGAGAUCGUAACAUCAGCUCAAACGGAGAGGCUGCUUCUAUCAUAGCUGGGCUUGUUAACACCUGGCCGUCAACUUUCAGUGUCUCGAGCCUCAAACCAGUGAUACGAGGCUGGAAGGAGGUUGUUGGCUUCCACGAUGAAUUUAAACUCACCUCGUUUGCCAAUCUACUCGCCGACCCUAUGCAGGAGCACUUCUCACGGUUGUUCAAUCUUUGCCGUUCACCCUCGGUCUCCAAGCAAGAACUGGUUUUCAUCCUCUCUCUUACGGCAUUCGGUAACCCACAAAACGCCCCUGUGCUGAGGACCCUUCUGGUGUUGGCUAUUUCUCCUGCUUUGAGAAAUCUUCCUCCAUUUGAACACAAUUCCUACGACUUGAAACAGGGACAUGCAAUUAAUCAUGACGAUAUUGAGACGAUCCUUAGGCAGUGUGAAAAAGAGUUCAUGCCCGUCACCGACUCAGAAGCUCCUGAGAAUGAGCAGGAAGCGGAUAAGAAAUCUCAGGAGGAGGAUUUCAUCCAGGACCUGGCCCAGCAACGCCAACAGAUCCUUGCUGCAGUCGAGUCAUCUUGGCCGAGCACCUCAGUCACACUACCCUCUCGACGGACCCUUAACCGCUACGAGCUCGGUGCUCUGGAACAACUGUUGAAUGUCAAAUUUGCAGCCUGGCACAAGAACUAUGUCUUCUUGUCUCAGCUCGACGCUUUUGAUCAAUGCCUGAUGACGACCAAUCGGUUAUGGCAUGGUCCAAAUCCGAUCAACACGAUUGUUGACUUGACCCACGGCGGAUGUCGUCGUACUCAAUCUACUCAUUUCGCACUGCUCGACAUCAUGCGUUCUGUGGACGUCAGCAUGGACGACUUCAAUGCCAGUGAACCUAGUCAACUGGAUUACGAUCUUACUCGGACGAUAGCCAUAAGAGAAAGCCAACGAAGUGGAGAUACUCGUGAUGUAUGGCGCGCCACGAACGAGCUCGAAUCAAUGGUUGAAACCCUUGAGGAUCAAUCUAGUGAAAUCGUUGGCCCCUAUGCACGAUUCUUGCGCGACAGUAUUACUGCCUUAAGACAAAAGGCCACCGAUGUCAAGAUAAAAUUCGACGUGCCCGAGCCGUUGGCAUUGAUUCGGAAGGCCGGAGAGGUCAAGAAGCGUAUCUCAUACCUCCUUCAUCGUUGCCGUGAGCUGCUUCAACCUCGUGAUGAUGCAGCACAAGGCCUCAUCAAGGCUAGACUCUGGCCUCAGGUCAAUGAGAUGGCCCUGCUACAGCUGUUGUCUGCACAACAUAGGAGCCGAGUACCACGAAAAUGGGUCCAGAUACUCACGCGUUUUGCGCAGGAGAUUACUGCACUUCAACGCAUUGAACGCAUACAGCGAUAUGUUGCCGCCGAUGAUGACUUCGCUCUCCAACAAGAACUAGCGAACCCAGCCCACGACGCAUGGUCAGUUGGAGAACACCCAGACUGGCUGCUGCUUGAAAUCCAGAAUAACUUAUUGAUACGGCCCAUCCAGGUCAGAGUUGCCCGCAAGAUUAUGGAGCGUGACAAUGGCCUUGUUCUGCUAGGGAUGGGUGAGGGAAAGACAUCCGUGAUUCUGCCCAUGGUUGUCACAGCGCUAGCUAACGGUUCACAUCUCGUUCGAGUGGUUGUGCUGAAGCCUCUCGCAAAUGAGAUGCUACGCCAGUUGUCGCGCAGCCUGGCUGGACUUUGCGAACGAACCGUGUAUUAUCUACCUUUCUCCCGAUCGACUGUGUUGACUCCCGAAACCGCACCUCAGCUAUUGGACCUCUACAAGGAAUGCCGUCAACAAGAAGGCGUUCUCCUGAGCCUUCCUGAGCAUCAAAACUCUUUUCGUCUUGUUGGAGCUGAUCGUUUAAGCAGCGACGAUUCCCGACUUGCCACUGAGCUUAUACGCGUGCAACAAUGGCUUGAUCGGAAUUCCCGGGACAUUCUGGACGAAAGUGACGAACUUUUAAAACCGGGAUAUGAGCUGGUGUACACGAAUGGCGAGGCGAACAUACUCUCGGGCGCUCCAGAUCGAUGGAUUAUAGCCUUGGAACUACUUGCACUUCUACAAGAUGUUGUGGCCGAGCUCCACCACGAGCUACCUGAAGGGAUUGAGUAUGAGAUCAGAGGCCAUGGUGCUUUUCCGCACAUUCGCAUAUUGAGUGAUGAUGGUGCUGAGGCACUGACAGUGCGCAUCGUCCAAGAAAUCGUUGAAGGUAAGCUGGCAAGCCUCCCUCUCGGCCAUUGCAACAGCGAAGUACUGCAAGCUGUUAGCUCAUUCCUAGGUGACAUGGAUGUUGAUGAUGCUACGUACGAGAAGGUCAGACAACACUUCCGGAGUUCGGCACAACUCAAUACUCUCUACGUUGUCCGAGGUCUGAUUUCGCACCAAAUAUUGUCACACGCGCUUCGCAAGAGAUGGUUGGUGAACUACGGCCUGGAUCGCUCACGAUGUCUGUCAGCGGUCCCUUAUCGCGCAAAAUCGAUUCCCUCGCCCAGUGCAGAAUUUGCGCAGCCAGAGAUGAUGAUUAUCUUGACAGCUUUGUCGUGGCUAUACACGGGAGUCGAGCGGGAGGACCUCCGCAGAUGCAUUAUCGUACUUUUAAAGUCUUCAGACCCUUCCCACGAGUACGCAACUUGGGUGCGCGAAAGCAGUGUUCCCAGCAAAUACCGCAGCUCCAAUUGCAUCAACCUGGACGACGCCUCAUUCCUGGAUGAAUUGUACGGCCAUCUCAAAAACAGUAGAGCUGUGAUCGAUUUCUUCCUUCGCUUCCUGGUCUACCCUCGCGAAGCCAAGGAGUUUCAGCAUAAGCUCUCGAGUAGCGCCUGGGACCUGUGUGCCAUCGACGGCGGCAAAAUCACCUCCGGCUUUAGUGGUACCUGCGAUAGCAGAGUGCCUUCAACCUGCUUCCAGAAAGACUUGGAAGAUCUGCGACGUUCCACCGCCUCGACAUUGGCCACUCUCCUCCGACAAGACAAUCGCAAUUACGUAUGCGCAGCUUCCGCCUCAGGCCAGCGGCUUUCCACGGAUGAACUUCUGCGCCUUAUCGUCGACCAGCAGCCCAGCCCCUCAGUUAUUAUUGACGUCGGGGCUCAGAUACUGGAAAGCAACCGAGACGUCGCAGCAAAGUGGCUGGGACUGCAGGAAGCCAAGAUGGCAGCGGUAUACUUCAAUGACAAUGACGAGAAGAUGGUGCUCAAUCGUGACGGUACAGCAGAACCAUUCGUCUCUUCGAUAUUCAAGGACGAAGUUGGUGGGUGUCUCAUCUAUCUUGAUGAGUUCCAUACUCGCGGCACAGACUUUCAACUUCCUGACCACUUUCAGGCAGGUGUACUGCUCGGACCUGGUUUGCUCAAGGAUAAUCUAGCGCAAGCAUGCAUGCGAAUGAGAAAGUUGGCGGUGUCCCAGUCAGUGAGAUUCUUUGCUCCACCGGAGGUGGACAACAGCAUUCGAGCAUUCUUGAAGCAACCUGCAGCUCCCGUUGACAGCUCCCAUGUGGUUCGUUGGGCGAUUCACCAAUCGUGCCAGGCGCUGAAGAGCCAAAAGUCAAUUUGGACUCUUCGAGGGCUUUCACACAGUCGGCGGCGAAUCGCCUCUAUGCGGCACUUAUCCGAUGAUGGGCAGGUGAGUGAUCCCAACAGAUACCUUGAAACAAUCCGGGAACGCGAGAGUCGCCCCGUCACAGAGCUGUAUGGCGUCAGAAGCCGCCAGGAACGGAAAAUCGCCUUUGAACCAUCCGCCGACGAGCGAGUUGACACAAUCAUGAGCGACCUCCUGAUGGAGUGGGAGCGAAUUGACGUUACGGAUCUCACAACGUGUGGUAUCUCAGAGGAGCAAGAACGUGAAGUGCUUCAUGAGAUCGAGCAAGAGAGAGAGGUCCAGAGAGCUCGAGAAGGCAAACCAGCUAAACCAAACGCCUGGGAUGGGUUGGAAUAUCUCAUCCGCCAUGGUAAACCUCCUCGUGAGACUGCCGCCGGCUGCUUCCCAGCGUUUGACACACUGAAGAAGACCAGACUCAAGUCUCAGUACGUUCGCACGGACUGGCCAAUUCACGUGGUUGUUACGGAGGAUUUUUUGCGUACCAUUGAAACUACAAAUGAUUCGGGGCAAGAUGACUUCUUACGGCCCGUUCAGUGGGUAUUGAAAGCGGCUGGUGUCAAGCAACCAAUCAUCAUUAGCCCUAACGAGGCUCAGGCCUUUCUGCCACUCAUACGCCGGAGUAAGCGUUCAACCCUGAUACUCUACCAAGCACGCACCGGCAGAUCGAUGGCAGCUUUCGACUCGAUGGGCGUGUACAGAGUACCUGAGCGCGACCACGUCCCUGGUAUAUCUGGCGAGGCGAUCACUACUCUGAACUUGUUUGCUGGCCAGUUAUACUUCACCACGUUCGAGGACUACCGCAAACUAUGUACAUUAAUCGGGCUCUGGGAUGGUGAGCGUCCUCUAACGCUCCGACGUGAGGUUGCGAACGACAACUUUGUGUCAUCGGCUUGUCGGCAAGCGAAUGGUUGGACAGAAUGCACGUUCAAGACGAGUCCGGUGAAAUUGCUCAAGGAAUUCAUCAACAUGCGCCGACUCGGUAUCGAGUGGAAUCAUACGCACAUGGGAAGAGUGCUGUCGGGACGUUUCCUGCGCAGAGAAGACUUUGAAGAUGACUUGAUCAGCGACAUGGACAGCUUGAAUGUGACGGAGAACUAGUGGUGAGGUGAGAAAAGGAUUGUCAUUGAACGGAUGGGGAAAUGAAAUGAUUCAGGAGAUCGCAGCGCGUACUGCCAAGUGGGACCGAAUGCUUCGUUGAUACUGGAUGUGGACUGGACUAUUGACGGGCGAGGAACGAGCAGCUUGGGGUGUUGUGUAAGAUUAUGGCUGAAAAGCAGAUGAAAAGGCGGAAAGUGAUCCAAGAUACUGGGGAAAGGGUGAUCGAACCUUGGUGAUUUCCUUUGCGGAUGUCAUGGAGAUUCGCGAGUCGCAUAGUCGACGAGCACGAAUUGCAGAACAAUGAUGAGACUAGCUUCAACAAUGAGU